GGGGGGGGCGGCGGCCCGGAUCCGGCGGCGGGGGGAGGAGGGAGGAGGAGGAGGAUGGCGGAGUCGCCUGAGACCCGGAGCCUGGCUUCGGCCUCCUCGCAGCUCAACCUGGCCGAGGCGGAGGGGAUUGAUGACAAGGAGUUUGAUAUUCCCCAAGUCGAUACUCCACCUACUCUAGAAAGCAUAUUGAACGAGACAGAAGAUGAAGAUGAAUCAUUUAUAUUGGAGGACCCAGCUCUCUUGAACAUGGAUAACAUUGAUACGCACUCGGGUGAAACCUCGUCUCUUGCUAGUUCAGAUAGUGGAGACAGGACGAACUUAAAACGAAGGAAAAAAGCUUCAGAUGUCAGCUCAAGCGUUCCUGGUUCGGUUGUCCGGCGGUCAGUCCUUAAAGGGGUUUCUGCGCAAGUUGUGUCUGCAGCAGAUAGAGUAGAUGCAGGAUUGCCCACUGCUGUUGUUGUAUCAAAUGUAAUAGCAGUGGGAACGUCACAUGGACUGGCGCUUGUAUUUGGAAAAGAUCCAAAUCAGGCCCUGCGCCUGUGUCUGGGGAGCACAGCAGUUGGGGCUCAGUAUGGAGCUGUAUCUGCCCUUAGUAUCAACAGCGACUGCACUCGGCUCCUCUGUGGGUUUGCUAAAGGGCAGAUUACCAUGUGGGAUUUGGCAAAUGGCAAGUUACUGAGAACAAUAACUGAUGCUCAUCCCCCAGGAACUGCUAUCCUGCACAUAAAGUUCACUGAUGAUCCAACCACAGCCAUUUGCAAUGAUAGCGGAGGCUCAGUGUUUGAGCUCGCCUUCAAGAGAGUAAUGGGAGUGAGAUCCUGUGAGUCGCGCUGUUUGUUUAGUGGAGCGAAAGGUGAAGUUUGCUGUAUUGAGCCUUUACUUGUAAAGCCAGAGCUGAGAGAUCAUCCGAUUACACAGCAUGCACUACUGGCGAUGGCGUCUUUAACCAAGGUUAUGGUCAUUGGAUUGAAGCCCUCAUUGAAAGUUUGGCUGACGUUUCCAUAUGGAAAAGCGAAUCCAGCGAGUGUUCCACUUUUAUCUUGGCAAUUUGUUGCAGUGCAGAGUGCUGUAACGCCCAUGCUAGCCUUCUGUCGAGGGGAUGCCAUCCAUUUUCUUUUGGUGAAGAAAGAUGAAUCUGGGGCUAUCCACGUGAGCAAGCAGAAGCAGCUACACCUGCACUAUGAUCUCAUCAAUUUAACAUGGAUCAAUUCUAGGACACUGGCUCUACUGGACAGUGCAGAGAAACUGCAUGUGGUGGACCGUCAUAGUCAAGAAGAGCUGGAGAUCGUGGACAUUGCUGAAGUUCAGUUGGUUUACAACAGCAGCCACUUCAAAUCCCUGGCCACGGGUGGGAAUGUUAGCCAGGCUUUGGCUCUGGUUGGAGAAAAGGCAUGUUACCAGUCGGUCAGUGGUUAUGGAGGGCAAAUUAUCUACCUGGGAACUAAGUCAGUGCAUGUGAUUACCCUGAGGACUUGGCGGGAGAGAGUGGAUUACCUGUUGAAGCAGGAGCGGUUCAUUGAGGCACUAUCUCUGGCCUGGUCCUUUCAUGAAGGAAAAGCCAAAGCAGUAGUUGGUUUGUUUGGAGAUCAGAGCAAGCGGAAGGGUGUCGUGGCUGAUCGGAUGGCUGAAAUCCUGCUUCAGUAUGCUGACCGAGCUCUCAAGAAGUGUCCUGAACAAGGCAAACUUCAGGUUAUGGAGCAGCAUUUUGAGGACAUGGUACCCGUCAUGGUGGAUUAUUGUCUUCUGCUCGAGCGCAUAGAUCUUCUAUUUGGCCAGAUCUAUAAUAAACUGAGUGAGAUCUCAGUGGCAAAGGGAGUGUUUCUCGAAUGCCUGGAACCAUAUAUUUUGAAUGACAAGUUGCCAAGCAUCACCCCACUGGUAAUGAAGGACCUGCUCAUCCACUUUCAGGACAGGGACAUGAUGGAGAACAUUGAGGCAUGCAUAGUACAUAUGGACAUCACCAGCUUAGACAUUCAACAGGUGGUCCACAUGUGCUGGGAACACUGUCUAUAUGAUGCCAUGAUCUACGUGUACAACAGAGGAAUGAAUGAUUACAUCACUCCGAUGGAGAAAUUGUUCCAGGUUAUUGGUCCUCCUCUCCGAGCUGGCAAAUCCCUCUCAGAUGAACAAGUGGUCAUGGGUAAUAAAUUACUGGUAUAUAUAAGCUGCUGCCUGGCUGGACGAGCGUACCCUCUAGGUAAUAUUCCAGAGGACCUUGUCCCACUGGUGAAACAUCAGGUCUUUGAAUUUCUGAUCCGCUUGCACUCCACUGAAGUAGCUUCUGACGAAGAGUUGCAUCCUCAGAUCAGAACACUGCUUCACUUCGACACUCGGGAGUUCCUCAAUGUAUUGGCAUUGACAUUUGAAGACUUUAAAAAUGAUAAACAAGCGGUGGAACAUCAGCAGAGGAUUGUGGACAUUUUGCUUACGGUGAUGGUGGAGAAUUCGGACUUCACUCCAUCACAGGUUGGGUGUCUCUUCACCUUUCUGGCACGACAACUGGCAAAACCAGACAGCACACUUUUUGUCAACAGAAUGCUUUUUGAUCAGGUGAUUGGCAUUGGGUUCGGGGGAUUUGGCACUGUCAAAGAUGUGGAAGCAAAGCACCUCUCUUCACCUUCUUGGACAGAGGUUCUUGAAUUCCUGUGCAGUCCUGAUGAUGAGUCACGACAUGCUGAGAGGCAGCAGGUUCUUCUGGAGCUGCUUCAAGCUGGGGGAGUUGCACAGUUUGAUGAGAACAGACUGACUGCAAUGGCUGAGAAAGCUGCAUUCUAUCAAGUCUGUGAAUUCAUGUAUGAGAAGAAACAGCUGUAUGAUAAGAUCAUCCCCUGCUACCUGAAUGACCCAGUUAGGAAGGAGGAGAUUUUCAAUUAUGUCCACAAUAUGUUGUCCAUACCUGGCUACAGCGCUGAAGAGAAAGAGUCUGUGUGGAAUAAAACCAUGGAACACAUCAAGGACUUGGUGCCUAUCAAUCCUUCAAAAGCAGCUGAACUGGUGGCGGUACAUUUCUCUACAGAGCUCCAGGUGAUCGUGAACCAGUUAGAGGAUCAACACUUAGUAUUUCGGUUAUUACAAAGUCUGCUGGAUUCUUCAGAUGGCAUGCAGGUGAAUCGGGAGGUGCUGCAGCUGAACCCUGAUAUCCAUGAACAGUACCUUGACCUGCUUUGUCAGUAUGAUCCCCACCGGGUAAUUGAUUUCUUGAGAGUGUCGGAAUAUUACAGACUCGAAGAAGCCAUUCAGAUUGCAGAGAACCAUAAACUCCAUGAAGCCUCAGCCUUCCUAUUGGAGAAGAAGGGAGAUGUGCAUGCUGCCUUUGUUGUCCUGCUUGAGAUUUUGAAGCACAAGCUGUCAUUGUUUACCGAUGGUGCAAGAGAGAAAAAUGAAGAAACAGGGCAAGCUGCAGAAUCCACGUUAGAAGAGACCAUUGCAUUGUGUCAACGCAAUUCGCACAGUCUCAACCAACAGCAGCGGGAGGCAUUAUGGUUUCCAUUGCUUGAGGCUGUUAUGUCAGCCCAGAAAUUGUUGAAAGAUGGGUCAUCCAGCCCUGCCUUCGAAUCUCUGAAGCACCUGACAAAACAAGUUCUGAACAGCAUGACAGGAUUUAUAGCACUUCCAUCAAUUUUGCAGCGCAUAUUACAGGAUCCAAUGUAUGGAAAGGGAAAACUUGGAGAAAUUCAAACGCUUAUACUUGGCAUGUUAGACACCUUCAAUUACGAGCAAACACUGCUGGAGACCACAACCAACCUCCUGAACCAUGACCUCCAUUGGUCACUGUGCAACCUGCGUGGUGCAGUUAGUAGGGGAUUGAACCCCAAACAGGAACACUGCAGUGUCUGCCUACAGCAGUAUAAAAGGAGACAAGAAGGCAUAGAGGAAGUCAUCGUUUUCAGCUGUGGCCAUAUCUACCACUCUCAAUGUCUGCAGAGCAAAGACUGUGGGGUUCGGACUGAAGGGCAGACACAGUGGACCUGCUACAAGUGCAACUCUAGUAAUAAAGGCGGGAGACACAGAGAUUUGGGAUCAGAAGUCAACAAGAGCAGAAACACUUCUCUGGCACAGAUUAAAGUAACAUCGGCCUACUACUCAACCAGCGGAAACCCUGACAACAAGAAGCCAACAGAGGUGGCACUGGAACCACAGCAGAUCCAAGCCUUUGACCAGCUCCGACGCCUCUACAGAGGACCACCUAGGCUGGCAAUUCUCACAGAACUUUCUCGCAAUCGAAACAGUGACAAGCAAGGCCUAUUCCAUCCUGGUUCAGUGGCAAAUAGCGUCUUCCAAAAUGAAAACUUCCAACUGCGUUUGUCACCACCGCCAGUCAUUGAGGACUAGAGCCACUGGUGAAGUUUGUGCAAUCAGAUUGGACCCAAAACUCUUAACCUAUAACAGACGGUUUCAAAUGUUGAUUUAAUAUUAAGGCUAACAAUAUUAAUAGUUCCUAUGUAUCCAUUAAUUCUUAAAAACCUAAAGCUAAUAAACUUACGUUCUAUCUUA